CGCAGCCUCUCCGUCCCCCUUCAGGAGCUAGUUACUGAUCGGCACGGAUGUUCUUUUCAAAAAUGGUGAUAAUCAGAUUUUACGGAGAAUCGCGCAUUGACGUUAACUCAGGAAGAGCGUUUUUAGUCUCAGGAAAGUCUCCUGCCUGUUUUAAUUAACGCGGUGCUCUCGAAAGCUGAUGAAAAAAUUUCACCUGUUCUGAACCGACAGAGGGUUUAGUCAGUCCGUUAUUUGUUUUCUUUGAGAGCCCCCUUCCAACUAAUUUAGACCAGAAACACGAUCAGUUCGCAAUCAAUCAGAGCCAGCCACGGCGCUGCGUGUAUGGCCACAGCUGGAGAAUGCAGACAGGAGGGGUGGAGUUCACUGCAUUUACUUUUCAAAGCGCCUCCGUCUCAGACGGAAGGAGCUCAUUCUGCGGAGUUUGAACUGGGUCCGGCCAUUUGAUCCCAGGUUGCUGUAAGUCGGUCGCCUCGCUGCCGCCGUUUCUGCUGCCUCUAUUAAACUUUCUAUGCUGUUGCCCGUCCGGCGGACCGCAUCCAGGAGGUCUGUCUUGACCGCGCUUGCUCAGCUGCCGCGCUCCGGUUCUCCGCCCUCGGCUCUUCAGGUCCAGCAGGACUCACUCACACGGCCACAGGAGCUGGCCAGGCUCUCCCGCACGCAUGGAGGGGGACGUUACGGACACGGUGGAGGCCACGGCGACGGUCUGUGACUUCGACCCCAUGAGUGGAAGCAUCCCUGCCACCAAAGUGGAGAUCACCGUGUCCUGCAGGAAUCUUCUGGACAGAGACACUUUCUCCAAAUCUGACCCAUUGGUUGUGUUGUACACCCAGGGCGUGGAGUGCAAACAGUGGCGGGAGUUUGGGAGAACGGAGGUGAUAGAUAACACGCUGAACCCAGAUUUCGUCAGGAAGUACAUCCUGGACUACUUCUUUGAGGAGAAGCAGAACCUGCGCUUUGACGUGUACGAUAUUGACUCUAAAAGUCCAGAUUUGGCAAAACAUCCCAACGACUUUAACGACUUCCUUGGACAGGUCUACUGUACCCUUGGAGAGAUUGUUGGCUCGCCUGCCAGUCGCUUGGAGAAACAACUAGUGGGCAUUCCUGGGAAGACGUGCGGAACCAUAAUCUUAUCAGCUGAAGAGCUUGGAAACUGCAGAGAUUACGCCACCAUGCAGUUCUGUGCCAACAAAUUGGAUAAAAAGGACUUUUUUGGAAAGUCAGACCCCUUCAUGGUCUUCUAUAGAAGUAACGAGGAUGGCACGUUCACCAUCUGUCACAAGACCGAGGUGGUAAAGAACACAUUGAAUCCUGUGUGGGAGCCCUUUUCCAUCCCUGUCAGAGCACUCUGCAAUGGGGACUAUGAGAGGACAAUCAAAGUGGAGGUGUAUGACUGGGACAGAGAUGGAAGUCACGAUUUCAUUGGUGAAUUCACCACAAGCUACAAAGACCUAUGCAGAUGUCAGAGCCAAUUAAAUGUGUAUGAGGUGGUGAAUCCAAAGAAGAAACUAAAGAAAAAGAGAUACAUCAACUCUGGCACAGUGUCCUUAUUGUCAUUCAAUGUAGAGUCUGAGCACACAUUCUUGGAUUACAUCAAAGGAGGAACUCAGAUUCACUUCACAGUGGCCAUUGAUUUCACUGCAUCAAACGGAAAUCCAUCGCAGUCCACUUCUCUACACUACAUGAACCCUUAUCAGAUGAAUGCCUAUGCUAUGGCUCUGAAGGCUGUGGGAGAGAUCAUUCAAGACUAUGACAGUGAUAAGAUGUUCCCUGCACUGGGGUUUGGUGCUAAGCUCCCGCCUGACGGGAGGGUGUCUCAUGAGUUUCCACUGAACGGCAAUGUUGAGAACCCAUACUGUAACGGUAUUGAGGGGAUUCUUGAAGCUUACCAUCAAAGCCUUAAGACGGUUCAGCUGUAUGGACCCACCAACUUCGCUCCUGUUGUUAAUCAUGUGGCAAGGUAUGCAGCGGCUGUGCAGGACGGAUCUCAGUACUUUGUCCUGCUCAUCAUUACAGAUGGAGUAAUAUCAGACAUGGCUCAGACCAAGGAGGCCAUAGUCAAUGCUGCAAAACUCCCGAUGUCUAUCAUCAUUGUUGGAGUUGGCCAAGCUGAGUUUGAUGCAAUGGUUGAGCUGGAUGGAGAUGAUGUCAGAAUCUCAUCCCGGGGGAAGCUGGCAGAGAGAGACAUCGUCCAGUUUGUACCAUUCAGAGACUACAUGGACCGCACAGGUAACCACGUCCUCAGCAUGGCACGGCUGGCCAAAGACGUUCUGGCGGAGAUCCCUGACCAGCUGAUCUCCUACAUGAAGAGCAGAGCCAUCAAACCCUGCCCUUUGCCCCCAGCUUACACAUCCUGUGUUCAGCCCGAGACGGAGUCCGUUUGAUCCAUGCCUCCCACGUGGCACUGCCCUGGAUGGUGCACCUUUCAGAUUCAUGCAAAUGAUUCUUUGAGCAGAAAGUGGAAAUGCUUUCGGGGCACUUCUACCCCAGCGAAACACACAGAGUAAAACUCCAUGGUGAGUUGGAGCAGUGAGACAGCUGGAGAGGAACUUGUUGAUAAUCAGGAUGUUUUUUUUUUUCCUCUCUGAGAGCACUGAGAGGAAAGCGGUGUAAAAGGAAGGUAUAGAUGUUUGCUGUCAAACCUGUCAAAAGUGGCAAUGUAACAGAAAGUGAACCUGUAGAAGGACGCCUGUUUGAAGACAUACACAUAUUAGGAUGUGCCAGUUUGUAUUAUGUUUGUGAUACCUUUUUUUGAGUUUACGUGUUAAUCUAGGAACCCCUUAUGAAUACCAAUUUUUAUUUUAUUUACCAAUAUAUUACAUAAAUAAUUUAUUUCUUUCAGGAGAUUUUAUUGGGGGGUGGAUUGAACUCAUAGCAUAUACCCAGGAGUUUUCCAUCUUAUAUUUUGUGAUGAGCAUAAAGAAAGCAAUUCCCCCAUUUCUACUUUGAUAAAGACUGUAACAUAGAAGCAUGUGAUAAAAUCUAUAACAUUUUAGGAAUCAUUUUCACUCAUGGGUCAUUUUUCUUUUUUGAUCGCAAGCCGUAACAUAGUUUACUACCAUACAGAUUUUUCAUGUCUUAAAGCUAUUUCUAAUCUUUAUAUAAACAGAAUGCACUAAUUACUGUCAAGACAAAAGCACAAUUCAUAUUAUUUAACUAAAUACUUUUAUUUAAAAAAAAAAAUCCUACCACCGCUACAAUCCUGGGAAGGAUGACAGAUUAGAUUUUAACUGAGGUUUAAUGUUGUCUUCUAGCGUUUUAGACCAAAUCCUUAUUUGCAAUAUAUAAACUUAUAUAUUAAACUAUAUUUUGCUUAUCAUAAUGAGAAGGAUGUUUACAUAAAAAUAACUGCGCAAUGCCUAGCACAUCCCAAUUUUUGUUAUUUGUAUGCAAAUAAGUCAAUUGUGCUUAAGCGAGACUCUUUUUGCCAUCUUACUGUUUGUGUUUCUUCCCAUUAUAUUUGUUGCUGUGACACCUCAUUAUCUGGAAUCAUGUUUGGCACAUUUAAAGGAUCCUCCAGAUUUACUUUUGAAACGCUGAUGUCAAGUUGCUCCCAUUAUUUUCUCCUUAAUGUAUUAGAAUUUUCUUGAGUGGGGUCUGAGCAAUCAGAAAUCCUUGACCAGAGAUAACUUGGCUUUAAGUGUGUGCAUGUGAAUGUUUUUUUUUCUUCAGUUAUUUAACAAAAACAAUGAUUACUUGGAGUGUUAAACUGAGCAGCCUGAGCCUGGCUAAAGCUUGACUGUACUCAGUCAGGGUCCAGUGUUGUCCUUACAAUUGUGCAUCCCUACAUAUGUAUUUUUUCGAUAAUUAUUUUGUCCCAACUAUCAUUGACAGAGUUUAAAGCUUACACUGUUUUACUUUGACAGCGUGUUUAAAUCUCAAUCUAAUUAAAGUUCAUGCAACCCCCUUCACACUUUUCUAUCUCCCUAGUUAGGAUAUAUAAACAAAACUAUAUUAAGCUUUCACUGCAGUAGCAUGAUCUCACACUGACUAUUGUUGAAAAAGAUUCAACCUUUAAGCCUGAAUUUAACUAUUUAGAGGGUUGAGCCAAUACCUUUGAGAAAACAGUGUAUGUUUUCCGUAAGAUUUGGGUCUAGGGACUGAGAAAACAGAUUGUAUUUCACUGUAUCUGGUGAACCCUUUCUGUGCUGACUUGAACAAAUGCUUUGGAUCAUUUUAAAAGGACCAAUGAUGCAAAUCUCGUCGCCAUUCACUCUAAGAAGGUGCUCUGGGCCUUUGAAAAAGAAACAAGCCCUUCAUCUAACAGAUUCUCCACCAUAACUCAACAGUUGGCGUGAGUUCCCUUUUCCCACAUCCGACCACUAUUUCAUACGGGAAAAAAGAGAUCUUUAUCUCACCUGAGCACACAGUUCAUGUUCCAGUUAUUUAUUUAUUAUUAUUUUUUUUAUUUUUGUAAACUCUUAGUAUGCAUUUGAUUAAAGGGCAAUGUUCUUUCUGAUAUAUCUGAAAAUCCUCCCAAACAACUAUUUGGUGAGUUGAUCGAUGGUCUUAAAAAAGACCCUUCUCAGUUGCACACUUCUUAAUGUAUACUUGAAGUAUGCUGUUUAAUAACUAAUGACUAUACAUUAUGUUUUUUUUUUCUAAUGUCAUAAAUUGGCCCUUACUAUACAGUCUCUUAUCCUUAUUCAUAUUUUUUUAAACCUUUGUGUGUAUCUGCAUGCUCCAUUUGCCUUUCACUUUGCUGCUGGUACACCUGAAUCUCUUCAGUGUGGGACAAUAAAUUAUACAUCUAUUCUGUUCUAUUCUAAACUUAGUUGUGGCUCUAUCAGUGGAUUUGGACUAGUUUAGGAACUUAACUUACUUGUGCAGAAUUUUGCAAAACAGAAAAAGAUACGUUUGUAAAUUGUCAAAACACUAAUCAAUUAACAAGAUUAAAGCAUAAACAAAAAUCAGUUAUGUUUACUGUAUUUUAUAGGAAAUGUCAUGCCAUUAAGCAUCACUGGUAUGUUUUUUUUUUAACCACAACGUCUUAAAGUGUGACAUUUAACCCCCUGAAUAAAUGUACUAAAACAAAAAUGUGGAUUUUUCAAAAUUCUUCAGCGUGAGAUUAUGCCUAUGCAGCAAAAGAUAAAGCAAUGUAAGACUUUUUACUCACCUCUCCAGUUGUGCCAAUAAUAAUAGUUAAAUUUUUGUUGUGCAAUUUCCAUUUCAGACAGCUGUUGAUACAUCCUUGUUCAUGACCUUAUGUUUCAGAAGAUGCAUAUACAACAUUACUUCACAGUUUACCUUCUCCCGGUCACUCGAUAUCUUGACCCAGAUGUGCCUACUGUAUUAAAAACAUAUCCAGAUUCAGUUUACCCAGGUGUUUGACAUAUAUACAUAGAAAAUGUUGGCGAUGAUAAAACCUCCAGAUUGGGACAGUCACAGUGGCAGCAGUUUAGUCACUCCGUCUCCAUCAGCGUCAUGCAUCUUUUAUACCUACGGCUCCUCACAAAUGAUAUUUGAAGUAGUUGCUAAGCUUUGCUGUAAACUUUUUAAAACCAAGAUUUGUUUACAAUCCAGCUGUUGCCAUUUGCAUCGACUUUUGUACAAAGACAGCACUCAUGGGUUUCAUUAAUCUAUUAUUUUGUGUUUUCUGUUUGUUAACAGAUUUUUUUUUAUCUUAUUUCUAUCUGAAGUAUUGUUGAAUGACAGUAGACAGGCAAUGUUUACACAGGUUUAUAGUCUACUGUCACAGAAUGUGAGUGCAUUUUUUUGAUGUUUAUGUAAGGAUUUUUCUUUGCCGUUUCCUGUUCUUUAACUCAUUCUGUUAUAAGUGCUCUCGGGGAACUGAAAGAGUCUGAUGAGUCUCAUUCCAGAGGCACUAAACUCAUUUUAGGGUUAGCCCAGAACCUCGUUUUAUUUCCCUUCUUCGCCCUUUUAAGUUUUUCUGCAGUAAUUAAAUUUUUCCCUCGGAAGACAAAGCAGAGUUUAAUCUACUGCCAAAGUAACGGCUUCAUCUGACCUCAAACAAGGCUAUCAAGUUACAUAACACUCAUAAAUACCAGAAUACCUCUAUGGAAAGCCAUCUAGUCCAAAAUAAAACAACUGAUGUACACUUCUGAAAUAAAAUGUAUCAGCUUAUCAUCAUUUGACAGUUUAAAUUUUGAUAAAAGGUUUAGUUUCUCAGUCAGACUCCUCAUUUCUCAUAAUAUGAACAUUUAGCAGCCCGGAGCAAAUAAUUGUGGAUAAAUAUGCAGGUCAUAGUCUGUGACAACAAGAGAGAAAAGAGAGCAUUAACAUGUGCACUUUUCAGACAGAGUUGGUGGAUUUAUUGUGACACCAAAUCAGUUGAACUAGGAUUCAAUGUUUUUUAUGUGCACCUCAUCUAAGAAUAUAAAAGGUUUUAGUUUUUUCCCCAAGGCGUAUGACAUCCUUACAGGGAACCCAGAAAAAAAAAAUACCAAGCAAAUGUGGUGAUCACUCUUAUGCAAUUGUGAAACAUUUCUUAGUUAUUUUUUUCCGCAGCAGAGCAAUUUAUUUUCUCUGGUGGAAGUUGAUUUGUCUGUAAUUUCUUUUUAGCUGGUCUUAGAGGCUGAACUCUAAUUUUGUAUAUAAACCCUGUAUGAGGAAUGUCCAGUGCCAACAUGUGUUCAGUUGUUGAACUUUAGCCUCUGUAGACAAAGUGCAUGUUUGUGCCAAGGUGGCAGGACGUUUGGUGGUUUAUCUUCAUUUCACCUGAUUAAUGCAUCUCCCACCGGCUUUAUUUGUGACAUCGGGCACUGUUCAGAGAUAAUGGCCUCUUCCAGCAUGUUGCAUCUAUGCUUUCUUUCCAUUAUGUCCCUAUCUGAUACAUACUGAAUGGGUUCUUAUUGCCACUGCUCCUGUUUUAACUGUUUUAACCCAGGUUGUUUACAUACCUCUUUUGAUCUCUGACUUGCAUGCUGAAAAAUGUUUUUCCAAACCAAGUGUUAGACACAAUACUGUCGUCAUACUGUGGUUUGUGAAAUGCUUUGUAAUGGAUUGCCUUAACUGAAGAUUAAUAAACUAUUGAUAACUUUG